GCGCCCCUCGCGGGGUCGCGCCGCCGCCGCCGCCCAGCCAUGGGCGCCGCCGUGUUUUUCGGCUGCACUUUCGUCGCCUUCGGCCCGGCCUUCGCGCUCUUCCUGAUCACCGUGGCCGGGGACCCGCUCCGCGUCAUCAUCCUGGUCGCGGGGGCGUUCUUCUGGCUCGUGUCCCUGCUGCUGGCCUCCGUGGUCUGGUUCGUCCUGGUGCACGUGACCGACCGCUCGGACGCGCGGCUCCAGUACGGCCUCCUGGUCCUGGGCGCCGCCGUGUCCGUCCUGCUGCAGGAGCUGUUCCGCUUCGCCUACUACAAGCUGCUCAAGAAGGCCGACGAGGGCCUGGCGUCGCUGAGCGAGGACGGCCGGUCGCCCAUCUCCAUCCGGCAGAUGGCCUACGUGUCUGGUCUUUCCUUCGGCAUCAUCAGUGGUGUCUUCUCUGUUAUCAAUAUUUUGGCUGAUGCGCUGGGCCCAGGGGUGGUCGGCAUCCACGGAGACUCGCCCUACUACUUCCUCACUUCAGCCUUCCUGACAGCGGCGGUCAUCCUGCUGCACACCUUCUGGGGAGUCGUGUUCUUCGAUGCCUGUGAGCGGAGACGGUACUGGGCCCUGGGCCUGGUGGUGGGCAGCCACUUACUGACCUCAGGACUGACGUUCCUGAACCCCUGGUACGAGGCCAGCCUGCUGCCCAUCUAUGCAGUCACUGUCUCCAUGGGGCUCUGGGCCUUCGUCACGGCGGGGGGCUCCCUCCGGAGUAUUCAGCGCAGCCUCUCGUGCCGUCGGCAGGACGACAGCCGGGUGAUGGUGUACUCUGCCCUGCGCAUCCCCCCUGAGGACUGAGGGGGCCCGGGGAGGCCCUGGGCCUGGGGUGCCCUGGUGAUCUGCUUGCCCCCUGUCUCUCCAUCUCCAUUCUGGACAGUGCAGGUGGCCGAGGUGGCCACGCCGAGGGCCCAAGCGUGGCCAUGGCCAGGAGAUAGAAGGACAGACAGACUCGUUCACGGGGCCCCCAGACCGCACACCUGCAUUUCCUCAGGCCUGAGGAGAGCCACUUUGGGCGUGAUAAGGACCCCAGACCACCUUCCCCACUUCAAGUGGGAAGUGGGAACUCUUGCUGAUCCCUUGGACUCUCCUGUCCCUCCUGGCUGGGGUGUCUCUCCCUUCCCCGGGCCCCCCAGGCCUGGGGGGACGGAGCAGUGCAUGUUUGGGAGCUGGUAUUGCUGGACCUCACGUUCUCACCUCUUUGACCACCAGCCCCCUCUUCUCCUGGGUGCCAGGGUGCGGUGGGGAGUUCCUGCCCAUUGUGUGGCAGGCAAGGGGAGAAUUUUCUAGUUUCUAACUGGGGUGGGA